UGCGCAGGGAACAGCGAACAGCGGCUCUCACCAGCCCUCAGCCCCUCGCGUUCCCUCCCUUCCUGGCUCCCUCCCUCCUUGGCAAAACCGACUCGUCUGGAUCCCAGAAGCUAGUCUCUCCUUGGAAGAAUGGAUUCCAGGCUGCUGUCAGAGAUGCAUCUCUGCAAGAAGAUCUUCACUGCAGCCUUGUGUGUCUUAGUUCUGCUGCCGCAUUCAGGCUGUGCAAGGACUCUCUGGAAGCGUUCUCUGCAUCCGAAACUGACGGCAAAAUACGAUGAUUAUGAGUACCCUCUUCAUUCUCACAGUUCCCACUACCAGAAGAACGACCGGUGCCCCCCGCCCCCGCAGACGCUGCCUGACCGAGCCUGCGAGGUGCCCAGCUGCCGCUCGGAUUCCGAGUGCGAGAGGCACAAGCGCUGCUGCUACAACGGCUGCAUCUACGCCUGCCUGGAGUCGGUGCAGCCACCGCCAGUUUUAGACUGGUUGGUUCAGCCCAAACCCCGCUGGCUGGGAGGAAAUGGGUGGCUUUUGGAUGGCCCAGAGGAGGUCUUACAAGCUGAAGCCUGCAGUACCACUGAGGAUGGAGAUGAGCCUCUGCAUUGCCCCACAGGCUAUGAAUGCCACAUCAUCAACCCGGGUAACACAGCUGAAGGAAUCCCUAACCGAGGCCAAUGCAUCAAGCUCCGUGGAAAUCCAGAUGGACGCAACCUGAGGCAUAAGUAUUACAAGGAGUAUUUUGGGAGCAGUUCCAACAAUGCGGUCGGCUACGUGAAAAACCAGCAGAAGCAUUUAGGCUAAUCAAAGGUGUGCCUGGCUGGACCACUCUGUUAAGCAGCUGUCAAGGAAUGCUUUACCCAACAGUUUUCUAUUUCGGAAGAACUCUGUUGCCAAACUGUCAAGAGCACAUCUCCAGCGUUACCCUGACCCCUGCCCAUCACUGUUAAAAACACUUUGCCAUUCAAGGAACAGGAUGGGUCUAGAUUUUAAGCCUAUCAAGAGAAAUGUGAUCCCCCUGGAAGAAACCACAUCGUUUAUGAGCUGCCCUUCUACCAAUGAAAUGCAAAUACCUUCAAGCAGAUCCUUGUAAGCCAUAGCACCAUUAUCAGGCUGCUGGAACAGAGCCUGCCCUUUAUGUGCAUCUUGUGUGACUGAUUCAGAUUUCAGGACUCAGAACACAACUCAGUGUUACAAAAGUGACGUCAAAAUUGUUCCUAAAUAUCAUAUCUAAGUUGCAUUAAAAUAGGCAAGACUGUAAAACUAAAGGGGCUCUCUGGAUCCAAUCCAGUGUCUGCCCAUCUUAACAGCUACUUUAAAUAGGACUUCCCAUAAUCUGAAAAUCUGAAGGAAUCCACAGGUGUCUUCUUUUCGUAUUUCUACCCAGGAUUCACCACGUUUGACAUUCAGUCAACAAGCCUAAACCUGAAAUCUUAAGAAUUUGAGCAACUCUGAGCUAGAAGCAAAACAGGUUUUAUGUUUUUUUAAGGUUACUUUUCUUCAGCUUCUCAGUCUGGUGAGCUGCAGACUGAGAGCUGAUGGCGCAAGAGAUUUUUCUAUAGUAUCUAAGCAGACACAUGUGUGCCAGUCUUCUUGAGCUGUUGUUUUCAGCCAGCACAGUUCAUACUCACAACAUUAACAUCUUACCUUUCUGUACCUGCAAAACCUCAGCAAGAGGUCUGAAAUCUGAAAUAUUUCUUGCAUGUUUUAGAAAAGAAAAAUCAGAAUAAAUGUUUGUGAUUAGAAGGAUUGUCUGGCAGAUGGGCAGCUGCUCUUUAGAAGGCCUGUACCUUUAUGUUGGCUUCCAUAAAUCCUUAAUGUCCUGAUUUGUAUUUGGGCCUUACAGCUUCUUUUAGCUGUUUAGCAUUAUGAGAUAGAAAACACCUUUUCUUUGAAUGUUUCCCUUUGUUGUGGCAGUCCUAAAGGGACAGUUGCAUUGCAUUUUGCUAGGCAAAAGGAGCCACGUUUGCUCCCUUGUUUAGUGCAUCUGCAUGCAUACAAUUAGCAUUUUUGGUGCGCAGAGUAGCAGUGGUGUAUAAAAAUACCCCAUUCACAGCUCCAACUGCCUGCUUCCAGACACAAGCCAUGGGAUUAUUUUCUUCCACUCACCAAAUGGAUUAAGCCAAAGCUAAGAUGCCUGUAAAACACUUGAUACUUUGCAUGUGACAUUUGCAGCUGGGAAGAUGAAAGAUGCCAAACUGCUCUUCUGUUUCCUAUCAUGAACAGGCACACUCCUCAAUGCUUUGAAGAGCAAAGGAACAGAUGAGUGGCUCCACACUUUCCUGAAUACCUUCAUUUGUUGAACUCCAUUCACUUUGUGCCUUUAUUACAAGCUGUAGGUGUUAAAUGCAACACCACAUUUGGACAGAUCUAUUUCUAGAACCUUAUCAUAUACAACUUCAUACAAUGAUACCUUAACUCCUGCUGAGAGACAGGAGCCCAUCCAUAUUUUAUUGUCCCAGUCUGAGUUUAGGCCAGAAACUUGCAGCUUGGCCACUGACAUUACCUGACAACUUAAAGCAACGCAGCUCCUAAUGAAAGUCUUCGUGCAGCUUUGCUCCUAGGAACUCCUCAGUGCAAUGGAUUGAAUUUUUUUUUUUCAGCAUUACUGUUUGCAGAAAAGUUAACUUCUGAUGAAAUGAGCAAAACCCUCCAGUGGUUGCUGCUAAACCUCAGACAGUGAAUGUCAAAUUGUCCCAUUUCAGAACGUAAAAUUCAGAACCUAAAAACCUGCGAGGAUCUAGUCGAAAAACUUGUGUUGAGAACUUACAAAUCAGCUAAACUAAAACUUCAGAUCUCAAUCUAGCCUUGUAAAACAUCAAAAACAUGCUUAAUUUGAGUGGACACAUUCACUUCAGUGGCCACUUUUUUGGACCUACAGAAGCACAUACCUAACCAGCCUGCUGGAUGAGCUGCUGAAGAUACUACUUGAGAGAGGAAUUUUUUUAAAGAGAAAAUUAACAAAUCACUAUUUUGUUGAUGCAUUUCUGUUUACUGGGUGUUAUCAAAGGCAUCACCCUUCCUCACGGUGCUACAGUGCUUGGGGUUUUUUGGUCAAGUUACUUCUUUUCAAGUUACCAAUUGUCAAACUCAGAAACAGAAACCACAGGAGAGACUUGUCUGCAUGCUGUGUUUUUAAUACUGACAUCCAUCAAAGCUGAAAAGAAAACACAGACCAAAUGAGUUGUCCUCAGUUUGUCUUCUCUCUCUAGACAAAUGGUUUAGCAACAGUCUCAUGAAGCACAGCAGGAAAUCACUAAUGCAGUUUGUUUUUAACGUUUCCUUGUACACUUGAGAGCAUGUUUGGUGCUAUAGCAAACAUCAUGUGCAUCACUGUGUGCUAGCAACGCUCCUGGCCUUCCCAUUCCUUGGGUGCUGCUGCUGCUGCUAAUGGAACUGCUCUGCCUUGCAGCAGCCCCAGGCAGAGCCUCCCCAGUUGGUGCUUCUGGUGCUGAGAUGUGUGCAGGUUCUGCCUCUUUGGUGCUCAAUAAAAAGUGAUCAGUAUAUUUUGCAA